AUGGCGGAACACGGCGAUGGCUUCAGGAAGCUCGAGAUGCAGCGAGCGCCGCGGGCACCAGAGGCCUCGACGCCCGAGCAGAGACACUGGAGGAGAUACAAGACGAGCCUGGUCACCAAGGCCUAUGCAGCUGUGCAUUGCGUCGCUUUCUCUCCUGCUGCCCCCUACGAUUUUGCCGUCACCAACUCUACCAGAGUGCAGAUCUACGGGUCAAGGGGGAAGGCAGUGAAGAAGACGAUCAGCAGGUUCAAGGACAUUGUAUACACCACCAGCUUCAGAGACGACGGGAAACUUCUCGUCGCAGCGGGGGAGGAGCGCAUAGUGAAAGUGUUCGAUGUUGAGUCAGGAGGUAUGCUCAGAAUGCUAAAGGGCCACUCGAAGCCGGUGCAUUCAUGCGGCUUUUCCAGAGACAGGCUCCAUUGCAUCUCAGGCGGGGACGACGCUGUCGUGAAGUACUGGGAUGUGGCGACUGGAGAAGAGACCAUGAAUCUUGAAGGACACAAGGACCACGUUCGCUGCGUCACUACCAGCCCGACUUCACAGGACGUAGUCGUUUCUGGCUCCUACGACCACACUGUGAAGCUGUGGGACUGUAGGAAGGGGGCCAGCGUGCUUACGGUGGAUCAUGGCGGGCCAGUGCAAGCGGUGCUGAUGCUGCCGGGAGGAGGAGUGAUGGUUACGGCGGGGGGGAACGUGAUGAAGGUGUGGGACGUGCUGGCAGGAGGCCGGGUGCUACAUGCCAUGGCGAACCAUAGCAAGCCCAUCACCUGCCUGGCGUACGAUGAGAACGGCGGGAGGAUCCUCUCCGGUUCUCUGGACCAUCAUCUGAAAGUCUACGAUGUACAGGAGUACAGAGUUCGUUACAGUCUUGACUACCAACAGCCCAUCUUGUCGCUCGGCUUCAGUCAAAAUCAGAGCACGAUCGCUGUGGGCAUGGCGAACGGCCUGCUGAACGUCCGGUCUCGUCCGACGGAGGAGGAGAAGUUGUCAAAGGUCAAAGCCAAGAAGAACCCACGGGGAGGGACCUUCCAGUACUUCAUCCGUGGGCAGUACGACAAGGCCAACGAGGAGGACGACUUCCGUGUGGAGAGGAUUCGGAAGCAGAAGCUGGCUCCCUACGACAAGAUGUUGAAGAAGUUUCCAUACGGGACCGCGCUGGAUGCAGCUCUGAGGACGACGAACCCACUUAUCAUCGCAAGUCUCCUCCACGAGCUCUACGUCAGAGACUGCGCUCGCAUCGCUCUCUCCGGGAGGGACGACACCACCCUCAUCCCCAUCUUGAAGUUCAUCUGCAAGUACAUCUCCGUCCAGACUUACACCUCGCUGCUCACUGACGUCAGCAACACCAUCCUCGAGUUGUACACGGUCAUCAUUGGCAGAUCGGAGGCUGUCGACGAACUUCUCUGGAAGAUCAGGAUGCGCGUGCAUGAGCAGCUUAUGAUGGACGCCAACUUGGUCGCGCUGCAAGGAAGUCUAGAGCUCAUCCUCGCCUCCACCCUUCACUAA